AUGGCCGACGAGAAGACCUUCCGCAUCGGCUUCAUCGUGCUGGGGCUCUUCCUGCUGGCCCUCGGCACCUUCCUCAUGAGCCACGACCGGCCCCAGGUCUACGGCACCUUCUACGCCAUGGGCAGCGUCAUGGUGAUCGGGGGCAUUGCCUUCGUCCCCGCUGACUCUGAAUUCCAGGGCGUCCUGUCUUCGAAGCCGCCGGGCUUGCUGGAGAAUGGACUCACUGCUGAGCUGAAGAGCCCCCAGCCCCCCUACGUGAGGCUGUGGGAGGAAGCCGCCUACGACCAGAGCCUGCCCGACUUCAGCCACAUCCGGAUGAAGGUCUUGGGCUACAGCGAGGAUCCCCGCCCCCUGCUGGCCCCUGAGCUGGGACGGCCGCAGCCGGAAGCUAGUGACAGAGCAGAAGGUGGCCCUCGCGAUGCUCAGGCCCCGAUGGAGGCUGCCGUGGUCGUCCACAGGGGCUCAGAUGAAGACGAGGGGGAAAGAAACCCGGCUCCGAGCAGUCCCAGCUCCCCAGCCCGUCCCCAGGGCCCUGCACCCUUGGCUUCCUUCCAAGAUGAACUGGAUGUGGGCUCCAGUGAGGGUGGCAGCCCCAACUCAUCUCCACCCGAGGGGGAGGUGCCUGGCCCCCAGCCAGGGGAGCCCUGGGCCUGCAGGUGCCAGCUGGACCGCUUCCAUGACUUUGCUCUGAUCGAUGCCCCCACGUCGGAGGACACACCUCCCGCGGGUCAAUGGCUGGACGAAGCCCUACCCAGCUACUGGCAGCGGUCCCCGAGGGCAAAAGAGGAGGAAGAGGCUUCGGACACAGGUGCAGAGGAGCCGGAGCAAGAGGAGGAAGACUUGUACUAUGGGCUGCCCAACAGUCCUGGGGACCCCUUCCCAGACAAGGAACUGGGCUUUGAGCCCGAUGCCCAGGNUUAUGGGCUGCCCGACAGUCCUGGGGACCCCUUCCCAGACAAGGAACUGGGCUUUGAGCCCGAUGCCCAGGGCUUGGAUGGAACUGCCCCUGGGUGCUAG